AUGCCUACCAACUCUAUUAAACUAUUAGCUCCUGAUGUUCACAGAGGAUUGGCAAAGCUUGUUGCCAAGAGACUUGGUAUCGAGUUGACUGAUUGCAAGUUGAAACGUGACCCAAGUAAUGAAGUAUCGUUCUCCAUUGGAGAAAGUGUGCGUGACCAAGAUAUUUUCAUCAUCACACAAAUUGGUUCAGGUACCGUUAACGAUAGGGUUCUUGAACUUUUAAUAAUGAUCAACGCUUCUAAGACUGCAUCUGCCAGACGUAUUACUGCAAUUAUUCCAAACUUCCCUUACGCAAGACAGGAUAGAAAGGAUAAAUCUAGAGCUCCAAUCACUGCCAAACUUAUGGCUGAUAUGCUAACUACUGCUGGCUGUGAUCAUGUUAUCACAAUGGAUUUGCAUGCUUCUCAGAUCCAAGGGUUUUUUGACAUACCAGUGGAUAACCUAUAUGCUGAGCCAAGUGUUGUUCGUUACAUCAAGGAGAAUGUAAAAUACGAAGAUGCUAUUAUCAUUUCUCCAGAUGCUGGUGGUGCCAAGCGUGCUGCCACCUUGGCAGACAGAUUAGACCUAAACUUCGCAUUAAUUCACAAGGAGAGAGCUCGUGCUAACGAGGUCUCCAGAAUGGUCCUGGUUGGUGACGUUACCGACAAGAUUUGUAUCAUCGUUGACGAUAUGGCAGAUACCUGUGGUACACUUGCCAAGGCCGCUGAAGUCCUACUAGACAACGGCCAUGCAAAGUCUGUCAUUGCGAUAGUGACCCAUGGUGUGCUAUCCGGUAACGCUAUAGCCAACAUCAACAACUCUCGUCUAGAUAGAGUUGUCUGUACGAACACUGUUCCAUUCGAGGACAAGAUGCCACAAUGUCCAAAGCUAGACGUAAUCGAUAUCAGCAGUGUUCUAGCCGAAGCCAUCCGUCGUUUGCACAAUGGUGAGAGUAUAUCUUACUUAUUCAAGAAUUACCCAUUAUGA